AUGUCGAAAAGAACAAGCUACGAGCGCUCUGAACUCGGACAUACUACUACAAAACGCGCAAAACAAGUCGACGAGAACCUCCCCUUCGAUCAGCUCCAAGAAGCCUUAGGAGCGCAAGAGGAGGUCAAAGAAGUAACAAAAGUCGCACAUUGGUUUCACCCGAAAGACCUUCGCAUCCAAGACAACACCGCACUACACCAUGCAUCAGAACUUGCGCAAAGCAAGAAGAAGCCUCUCGUAGGUGUGUACGUCAACUGCGCAGCAGACGAAUCAUGGCAUGGCACAAGUCCAGCCCGUGUCGACUUCAUGUGCGAGGGCUUGAAGAUCAUGCAAAAGGAACUCAAAGAUCUCAACAUUCCCUUGGUUUUCCUGGAAUGCGAAGACCGCAAGAAGAUCGUGCCCACUGUGAUUGAGUGGUUAAAGGGGCAAAAGGUCUCGCACGUCUUCGGUAAUUACGAAUACGAAAUCGAUGAACUGCGCCGGGACAUCAAGCUCGUAAAACAGGUUGGCGGAGGUAUCCAAGUGUCACUACACCACGAUCAGACCGUCAUCGAGCCUGGCACUAUGCUGACAGGAGCUGGCAAGCCCAUGAAAGUCUUCACGCCCUACCACAAACAAUGGCUCGCCAUCUUAAAAGAACAACCCGAACUCCUCGACACCUCACCCGCACCCGCCGCAAACCCUUCCUCAAUGAAGAAGGAACUCAAAGACCUCUUCGACACCCCCGCCCCCAAGCCCGCUGCCGACAAGCAAUUCUCCUCCGACGAAGAAAAGAAACGCAUCCGGAAACUCUGGCCCGCCGGCCACGCCGCCGCAUCCAAGCGCAUGGACGCCUUCCUCAAGACCAUCGACUCCUACGCCGCCACACGUUCCAACCCCGCUAAAGACAGCACAUCGCGCCUGUCUGCCUACUUCAGCGCAGGCAUGUUCAGCGUGCGCUCGGCCCUGCAAAAAGUCGCCGACUACAACCACGGCAGCACCGAUUUCACCGAAUCCAGUGCGCGCCCGGGCGUCUACGGCUGGGUCCGGGAAAUUGUGUUUCGCGAGCUGUACCGCCAGACGACGCUGACGACGCCGCAUACCAGCAUGAACAUGCCGCAGAAUCUCAAAUUCGACUUUGUGCAGUGGGAAGACGACGAGGAAGGGUGGGAGAAGUGGUAUAAAGGAGAGACGGGGGAGCCGUUUAUCGAUGCGGGGAUGCGGCAGUUGAAUCAUGAGGCGUACAUGCAUAAUCGCCUCAGGAUGAAUGUGUCGUCUUAUUUGUAUUGUAAUCUCUUGCUUGACUAUCGCAGAGGGGAGCGGUACUUUGCGGAGACGCUGAUUGAUUGGGACUUGAGUAAUAACACGCAGGGCUGGGAGCCGAGCUAUACGGUGUUCAAUCCUGUAAGCCAGGCGGAGAGAAACGAUCCUGAUGGUGAUUACAUCAGGAAAUGGGUGCCAGAGCUCAAGGACGUGCAAGGGAAAGCGGUGUUUGCCCCGUAUGCGAGAUUGAGCAAGGCGGAAUUUGAGAAACUCGGGUAUCCAAAGCCUCAUGUCGACUGGAAGCAGACGAAGCAAAGAUGCAUGGAGAGGUUCAAGAGGGACAUGCAUGAUGCUGAGCCAUAG